CGUCGACUCAUCACCGUAUCAUUUUAUGCCUGUUGUGUGUUUAUAUACGUUUUGUUUCUACGAAUUUCUAUUCCAUUAUUUAUUAAUUUCGAUUUUUGUUUUUUGAUGUAAGAAAAGGGAAAUUGAAAUCUACCUGGACACAAAGAUAAUUAGUAUCUGGAAGAAUUAAUUGGUUGAAUUGAAUUGAUCGAUUGUAGGUAUUUUCCACGAAACUUCGUUUGUUUUCAAUUAAUCAGUAGAUUUGGAUUAAGCCAUUCCAGCUGGGCUCCUGUUAUUUGCUCGUAAUCGAUAAAAGGAUUGACCGAUUAUAAUUGCGAAAAACAAAACAAAAUCACAGACUAAAAACAUCAUCGUUAUAACGCAAAAAUGGCAUCAAGUAAUUCAACGUCGUCAUUCACAGCUGUCAAUGACACUGAUUUUUCCCAAUUAGAUCUAAAUGGCAAAAUUAUCAUAAAAGCUCAAUAUGGGGAUGAUAUCCGACGUAUACCGAUCAUUGGCGAUGAGAUUACCUAUGAUGAACUAAUCUUGAUGAUGCAACGUUUGUUCAAGCUUCAACCGACCGAUGAAAUUCAUCUAAAAUAUCGUGAUGAUGACAAUGAUCUUAUCUCGAUUAUUGAUGAUAAUGAUCUUUCAUUUGCCAUCCAAUACAGCCGUAUAUUGAAAUUGAAAGUGUUCGUUAAUGAAAUGAUAACACCUGGUACUGGUCGUUCAUCAGCGAAUAACUUCAAAGAGAUUUGUCAUGAAUUGAUUGAAAUCCGUAAUCGAUGCAAUCAAUUGUUGGAAAAGAUGCAUUUGAGUGGAGAUAAAAAAUCUAACAAUGAUUUGAAUGAUUCCGCUUCAUUGGACACUAAUGAAGUUCAUACACAAACUGAUCGACAUGAAAAGCCACAACAGGAGCAACCAAAAAUCUAUGGUCAACCUCCAAAGGAAUUGGAUCCAUUGAACACUCCUGAUGCUUCCGGUGCUAGUACAAAAUCUGAACCGACUUCGCAACAGCAGCAUCAACAACAACAGCAAUCAUCAGCAGGGGCAAAAAAUGCUGCAAGCAAUGAACAAUCGGAUAAUUCUAACAAGCAAGGAUUCUCGCCAAUUGCCCAGCAACCUGUUUUGCAACAAGCUUAUCCAGCUCCUCCUGUUCGUCCGCCUGCGACUAAUCAAUAUCAACAACAACAACCCCCUUUUCAGAAUCAAUCCCAAUCGUCUGAGUUUUCAACUAGUAAUAAUCCACAACCUUAUUUUGAGACAUCUAGACAGCAAGGUCAAGUUCCACCUCCUCCAACUUCAUCUACUGGAUCAUCAUACAAUCCUGAUUCAAACGCGCCUUCUUAUCAUCGACAGCCGAUGAUGCCUGGAUCGAUUCCCACAUCUUAUGCUGGUCCACCACAAAUGUCUGGUCCACCACAAAUGUCCGGUCCGCCACCAAUGUCUGGUCCACCACAAAUGUCUGGUCCACCACAAAUGUCUGGUCCACCGCAAAUGUCUGGUCCACCGCAAAUGUCUGGUCCACCACAAAUGUCUGGUCCACCAUCAUCGUUUACUUCAUCAGGUUCUUCUCAGCCUCCUAGUGGACCUCCACCAUCUUUCAUGUCUUAUGGCGGACCACCGCCGCCAACUUCACAGCCACAUCACAUGAUGCGACCAGGACCAACAAUGACACCCGGUCAUCAUGGACCACCUAGUGGUCCAUUCAAUCAGCCACCACCUAUGUCAAAUGAUGCGUCUAACAAAAUGCCACCCUCAUCGACACCUAUGGGCAUGCAUGGUGGUCAUCCACCAAUGCCACAAUUGCAAUCACCUCCAGGAAAUCAACCACCACCGCAGAUGGGUGUUGAUCCAUCCAAACAGAUGCAACCACCACAAAUGGGUCCACCACAAUCGAAUCCAGGAAUGGGUGGUAUGGUACCACCACCUCCGAUGAUGCCGCCAUUCAAUCCACGUGGUCCUGGUGGUUUUAGUUACGGUGCAAAUCUUCGUACACGUUAUCCAACAUCUGGUUGAUCUUUAUAUACAGAAAAAUACAUCAAAUAAUAUUUGUUCCAAAUUGAUCGCUGGACAAAUUUUCAUUUUAUUUUCUCUUUUUCAGUUUUCUAUCUUAAAUUAUCAUUUUCAAUAUUUUUAUUUUCUUCAAAAUGCAUUCGGUCAAGCGGUCCAUUUAGAAUUGCACUAAAUAAUAUCAGAUUUAUAAUGAAAUGGAUAAUCAAAAUAUUUAAAGCGAAAUAUUUGUUUAAAAUUUUAACAAAAACACAUAUAUUAAAUGGCAAAAUUAUAUUAUUUUGAA